CUCUCUCUCUCUCUCUCUCUUGUUCUUCUGCCUUUGCUACAGAUCUCUCUGCUUCUGUUGCCGGAAAAGGUGUGUUCUCUGCCUUUCGCUGCAUACUUCUUUGCUCAUGUCGCUAAACUCCAAAUUCUUUUUAAUCUGUGAAUUCGAUGCUAAGCAUUUUUUAGUGUGUUUCCUUAGUUUUGUUCUUUUCAGUAGUAAAAAUUGGCUCUUCCUAGGGUUCUUUGUCUUUUCAGCGUCGAGAGAAAGAGAGUUGUCCAGUCUCUCAAUUUAGUUAAAGCAGUUUAUGAGGCUGCUUGAAUCGGUACUUAGAUUCUGCAAGUUUACUGAUCAGUGGAAAAGGGGAGGAAGGCUUUAAUCUCUCUUUCUCUCCCUCUCUUUCUUUUAACCCUUCGCCCUCUGCUUCUCAGUUUUCGCCUUAUACUUGGCAGCUGUGGUUAUUAGCUGUUGGUGGCCGAGCACAACAGGGUCUUUAGAGACACAGCAGCUUUAGCAGACUCUAUUGACUACUUGGAGAAGACAGAGAGAUGUGCAUCUUGCACUUCUCCUUGGCUUCCUUCCCUCUUUGUUCUCCUUUCUCUGUUCUACAUGUUCUUUGGUUGCUUUCUUUUCUUUGUUUUUGUUUUUUGCCGUUUUUUCCUUGUUCGCGACUAUUUGUCGCCUCAUUUUCGUUGAUGAAUUCUCAUUUUGUCGCUCUUUGUCUCUUUCUCUUUCUUCUCUCUCUAAAGCUAGUGACCCAAGUCAAUGACUUGCUACAACUAUAUACAAACCACCAGCGACCGCCAGGUCGAGGAUUGACUGCUAGCUCCUCCUCCCAACUCUCGUGGCACUCACGACAGCGUUUACUAUGACUUAUUAGUAUAGCCCGUCAUAUAACUUGUUUUAUAUGAAAAAAUUGCAAAAAAACGUCUCAAUUUUAGACAAAUGGCAAACAGGAUCCUGUGAUUUUAAAGGUUUCGACUUUACAGCCUCUCUUUUGCAGGUUUAUAUCAACAGGCGAUCCAGCUUAUUGAACAAGGGAUGGAGGGAUCCGGACGCAUGACCAUUGCCUGGCUAUGCUCCUAGUGGUGGUGGCUUGCCACCUCUGACCACAUGUUCUUCUCCUUCAUCUGCCAAAAGUAUGGUCGAUAGCUAACCACACACUUGGUGCCAUGGUUUUUGCAUGACUCCUACUUGUUGGUCAUAUUCAUAUUAACAAGAUGGAAUUGUAUUGUGCACACAACAAAUAAAAAGGGGAAAGGUUUAAGUAUUGUUUUAUAAUAAAGUGUACUUGUUAGACUUUUGCAUAUCUUUUUUUUCACUUUAUCAAGGGUAUUUUAGGCAUUACACACUUCUAUGUGUGCAUAAAGGCGACCAGUUUCGCAUAUUGACACUAUUGACCAUCUGCAGCAUCUUGGUUUCAAUCUGACUAGUUGGUAUACCCCUUGCCUACUUGCUGGCUACAUUUGGUUUCCACUUGGCUAGUUGGUGUAUCCUUUGUCGUUCUACAAAAGAAUCUUUUCAACCUUUUUACCUCUUGCUCAUUGUUCUGUUAGCUCCUCUGCCACCCUCGGCCCUCCUUAUCCCGCUACAUCCCCAACCUGAUAUAUUGUUGGUGGCGGAUUUGGGAGGAGCAUAACAAUAGGUUAGAGGGUUUUUAAGAGAUCAAGUUGUGUUCACACAAUAAAUCUAUACCGUAUAAAAAAUUGAGGGUUUAGGGCAUUUUAGAAAUUUUUAUAAAAAGGUGUUAGUUUUUUAGUUCUUAACUUUUUCAUAAUCAAAUUUUUAUUUUCGUAAGAAACUCCAUUUUUUACUUUAAUCAAAAGCAUUUUAGUCAUUAUAGAUCCAAACUGACUAGUUUUUAGCAGGGUAGUUGGUAUGGCUGCACAAUCAAUCAAGCCAGCUCGAGUUCGACUCAAACUUACUUGCCAAAACUCGACUCAAGUUCGAUUCGUUUACAAGCGAGCUUGAAAUGUUAAACGACUACAGUUCGAGUUGUAAGAACUCGACUGGGCUCGACUACAUAAUGAAUGUUGAUUUACAAGAAGAUAAUAGUUAAGCGAGCACCAACUAAAUGAGUUAAAAGAAACGAUACAUGUUUAACAUAAAUGAGUUAAGCAAGUAUUGUUCCAUCUCCAAUUAUUGCCAAAAAGGAAAUUGUGCACCAAUUUUUCAACAAAACUAUUUUCAUUGAUUCUCAACAUCCUAUACACUGUCGACCUAAACGGCUAAAUCGUGAUUUGUCGGAAACAAAAAAAAAGUCCAAUCUAGAGAUCUGUAAUACCAGCUUGCCUCAUUAGUUUUAUGCAGAGGAUAGAUUAUCUUGAUGAUGGGUGAUAUUUAAGGAUUUUCAGUAAUAUAGAAGAGAAAAAACUGAAUUUGGAUGAUCACAUUAUUGGGGAGAGAUUAAGGAGUAAACUUGUUCUUAAUAAAUCCGAAAAAAGUUUUCACCAAUAAAAAAACACAAAAAAAAAUUAUGGUUUUAGUUACUUAGAAAGGAGUGGCCUUUAUAAACAACUUGGGCAGCUCAAUAAAACAUCCAAAAAUCAGCAUGUUUUUGUUGGACAAGGGAAAGUUGCGUUUUGCAAUGUGCUCUAUAUAAUCCGUUCGGACAACAGGUUACGUGUAGACCUUUGUACAAAAAAAGUUAAGCACAACAGAGGUGUGUAAUACUUAAAUAUUCUAGAAAAUGUUUUAAAAAUAGAUUUUUAGAAGAACAAAAAAAGGUUAUGAAAAAAAGUUAAAAGUACAAAUAUACAUUUAUUUACAAAAGACUUUUAAAAUCUCCUAUCCCCCCUCUCUUUUUCCUUGUUGUACAUGUGUUGCGUGCAAGAUGUUCUAAAUUUACAAUAUAACCAGUUUAAGUUUGCUUUAUUUUAGGUUUUUUCAGCUUUAGUUUGUUCGCCGAGGAGCCGAUCCUUAUAAUUUAAUUUUGUAUACACUGUUUUAAUAUACAUAUCUAUUUUUUAUAUAAUGUUUUUGCUUUUUUAUACGCUGUAUUGGAUAAUGUGCUUUAUUAAUAACCAGCCCAAUAAUCUGGUUUUAUUUAAGUUUCCGUAUGCUUCGCUGUUGCCAUGAAGCUGUUUUAGCUUUUGUUACAUACGAUUAUGAGCAAUUGUCAUGUUCAGUGACCCCAAGCAUAAGAAAGGAUGAAAAACGAAGUGAAAUUUGAAACAUAUUAAAGCAAGAAGCAAGGUUUAAAACAUUAAUGCAAAUAAGUACAGUUGAGACAUAGUCCGUGUACCUGUUUAAGCUUCCACUUUCUGUCCGCAGUUGCUAAGAGUGAGCAUCUCAUAGUUUGUCCAUGCCUGCUUCUUUGUUUCUAAGGUGGAAAGAUUUCUCUCAGUUUGGCUCUGCCAUCAGCUGUAUUCUCAAGCAAACAGACAUGGCAGAAGAGCUCGCAAAGGCUGCCAUUUCCUCGCUGUUGAGUUCUGUGGAUUUGAUCAAAGCAAAGUUUAAUGCCUUCAAGAAUGCAGAAGGGGAGCUCAAGAAACUCGAGAGCAAGCUCGAGGAUAUUCGAGCAGCCAUUCAAACUGCAAACCGCAUGCCUUUUUUCAACAACGAGCGCGUCAGAGACUGGGUGUGGAAGCUAAAGGAUGUUCUCUAUGAUGCCGAGGACACCAUCGACGAAUACAGAACGAGCACCUCUUCGGGAAAGAAAAGAAAGGCCAUCAUGUCUGCUAGCAAGAGCUUUAAUCGUUACCAACUUGGAAAUAAUAUGAAGAGCAUAAAUGAAAGGCUCGAAGAAAUACACAGAGAGAGGGAGACAUUGGGUUUAUAUAAACUCUUUGAAGCUACACAAAGCAGUGGUACUGGUCAGAAUCCCACGAGUACUAAACAUUACAGAGAAACCACCUCCCUUAUAAGUUGGCAGGGUACAGUGGGCAGGGAGGUCGAUAAGAAAAGGAUAUUAGAAAGUCUCCAACUUAGAAGCUUUACCCAUGGUACAAAAUGUAAUGUCUCUGUCAUCUCGAUCACAGGGCAGGGGGGAAUUGGCAAAACAACUCUUGCUAAAAUGGUAUUUAAUGAAGUUGAAGAAGAGUUUGGGAAAAACAGAUGGUGGGUAUGUGUCUCAGAGAAACCAGACCUCAAGGAAUUGGUGAGAAAGAUACUAGAGUCAGUUACCGAAAAGUCCCCUGACUAUACCCAAUUGGAGCUGCUAUGCAAGUGCCUAAAGAAAGAGUUAUCAGACAAAAGAUUUUUGUUGGUUCUAGAUGAUGUAUGGGAUUUAGAGUGGUGGGAACAAAUAAAGACCCUGUUGGUAGAGGGUGCAGUGGGUAGUGCAGUUCUGAUAACCACUAGGAAGAAACAAGUCUCUGGUGAUGUUAACUCAAUAUACAUGCAUAAACUGGAGCGAUUAUCUCAAGAAGAAAGCUGGCACUUGUUUGUGAUAAAUGCACUGAAAGAAGACAAGAGUGAAUACGACUUGGUAAGGGAAAAUGUGAAAGAUAUCGGGGAAAGAAUAGUACAAAAAUGUGGCGGCUUGCCGCUUGUGAUCCAAACAGUCGGGCGUUUGUUGCGUUCAAAGAAGAUAGGGAGGCAUGAAUGGACAGUUGCGGAGAAGAGCGGGAUCUGGGAAUGGAAAAUGCCCUCAUCUUCUUCUCCAUAUGGUGACAUUCUUCCUGGACUGGUGCUAAGCUACGAUGACUUGUCACCUUGUUUGAAGAACUGCUUUGUCUAUUGCAGUGUGUACCCAAAGGAUUAUGAAAUACAAAAGAAUGAGUUGAUCAUGCAAUGGAUAGCCCAUGGAUUAGUUGAAGAAGCUAACGGGGUUGACAUGGAAGCGAGAGCAAACGAUUAUCUUAAUGAUUUGAUAGACCGAUGCUUGAUAGAAGAAACAAAAAAGGGUGUCAAACUGCAUGAUAUUCUACAUGAUCUUGCCCUGUACAUUGGUGGAAAAGAAUACAGUCAUAAUUCUGCAACUGAGCACACCCGCCACUUGUCUCUUACGGGCGGCUCUUUUAUUGCUCAAAGUGAAUUGCAAACAAGUAAGCUGCAUACAUUGCUGAGUAGCUGCAGCUGUGGAAUUAAUAGCCUAGGCAAGGUCAGGAGCUUGAGAGUGUUGUCAUUGAUAGGUGCUGAUAUAAAAGAGUUGCCAGAUUGCAUUGGAGACCUUGCGCUUUUGAAAUAUCUUGGUCUAAGUGGCACUUGGGUGAAGAGUUUGCCUAGUUCAAUAGGUAGACUCUACAACUUGCAGACACUGAAUUUAGAUGGCAGCCAUAUAGAGGAGUUGCCCAAGGAAAUAGGGGAACUUUGCAACUUGAGGUAUCUUGGAUUGGAAAAGACAGACAAAUUAACAUUUGUGGCUGAAGGACUUGGUAAGCUUACGCAUUUAAGGACCCUAUGCAAGUUCCUUGCGUGUGAAAAUGGGUGCAGUAUUAGGGAGUUGAAAGAGUUGAACAAACUGAAGGGAAGUUUGAAUAUAAUGGGGUUGGGGAGUAUCACUACCAUGACAGACGCAGGUGAAGCACAACUCAACAAAAAGAAGAGCAUAACCGCCCUGCGUUUGGAUUUCUCGAUGCCCAAUGGCGCAACCAGCAGAACUGCUGAUGAUGAUACAGGGGAAUUACAGAAUGAAUCAAAGAGACAGGGUGGUAUACUAGAGGCUUUACAGCCUCCACAUGGCCUCGAGAACUUGGAGCUAUCCUGCUACAAAGGAGGCGCGCUGCCAAGCACUUGGUAUCUGGAGUCCAACUAUGCCAAUCUGCAGACAUUGAGGUUGUCCUGUUGCUCUCACUUGGGGACGAUGCCCGUCGUGCCUGCGCUCAAGUCAUUGACAUUGGAAAAAUGUGACGACCUUAUGCUGCUAACUAGCAUGCCCGCCCUUGUGAAGCUUGAAGUGAAGGAAUGCAAUAAAUUGAAUUCAGUUGCAAACAUGCCCGUCUUAAGGAAGUUGAAGUUGUCGUCCUGUCAGGUGCUAAACGAUCUCCCAUGCUUUCCUUCACUUGAGGAACUCAAGCUGCAGUACUUGAACAUUUUCAGAGGAUGGCCGAUGGAGAAAGGGCAAGAAGGGACCACUGCCAUGCCACACCUCAGAACACUGGAAGUGUCAGGUUGCGCAGAGCUCAAGGCCUUGCCUCCAUGUCUAGAAUCGCUUGAAGAAAUGACAAUGUUUGGUUUACCCAAAUGGGAGGGAUUUGAAGGGGGAACAGGGGAAGCUGCAGCACUGCCAUGCCUAAAAAAUGCGCAAUUGGUGAUGUGCCCAAAUAUGCAGAUGGAAGGGCUCCUCCCUGCUUUAUCAAAGGGUCAUGAGAUCGAGCUUCAACAAUUGACUGUACUGGUGAGCCCAUGUGCGAGACUCAAGUUGGACGCCUUCACUCGUCUGCCCAAACUCACGGAGCUCAGGACAAGCAACGAGUUGUUGCAAUGUGGAGAUGGUGAUGAACCGCCAUUGCCAUCACAGGUAUCCUCGUUUCUACCCUCCCUCAGGAUUCUACAUUUGUGGGGAGGGGAACCCAAUGCCAAUUGGGGAAAGGUGCCAGAUUGGGUGUGGGGUCUCACCCAAGUGGAAGAGAUAUGGCUGUAUGAUUUCCCAGAGCAGACAAGUUUGGGAGGAGGCCACUGGCAAAACUUCAAACAGCUUAAAGGGCUCUAUAUAAGAAAGUUCCCCAAACUGAGGUAUCUUGUGGACAUGCUUCCCCGACCUGCAAAUGCAGCAGAGGAAGAAGAAGAGGGGGAGCAUGGUAGUGCAGGAUUGGUGCCAGAACAAGAACAGAUCGCGUCGCUCUCAAGGCUUGAAGAUUUGGAUUGUUACAACUGCCCCUUGCUUUUAUUGCCUAGAGACUACUUGCCAGGCGUCCGUAUUAGCUACAAAUAAGAUGGGGACUCUCCAAUUUUAUAACACGUCGUGUGGUUCAAGGUCUUUCUUUUAGCUGGUUUUCUUCAAAUUUGAUUUGAAUUAUGAUCUCAGAUCUUAUGAGACAAAAAAAAUCGUGAAUUGAA